AUGGGUCUAGGUGUAUUUUUGAUCUUCCUGGCGGCUUAUGGGUUUCCAGAUAGUUUAGCAUGUGUUCUGCCCGAGAAAACGUCUCCAUCCACUGUUUCAAAUACUAUUGAAACCGGGGAAAUUGUGAAAAGUUCUACAACUGCUAGCUAUUCGACAACACUUAUUUCUACUACGACCACUAAAAUUUCUAAAAUUAUAACAGAAAUAUCCCGAACAAAGUGCGACUGUUCAUCACCGAAUUCAUUUAAUACAGGUUUUCUCAACAAACUUCAAGUCUCAGAAGUAUCAGACGACGGAUGUUUGUACGAAAUUCUUUGCGCCCAAAAUCAGCCAAAUAGUUAUUUGGCGGCCGGUCCGCCAUCAGUUUUUACACUGAAUCCAUACCUACUGACCAGUUUUAGAUUCUAUCCGGUUUUCAACGGGGCCAACAAAAUCGAUUAUUUCUCCCAAUUUGGUAUGCAAUGUGGAGAUGAUCAGGACUGGUAUAUAACCAAAAUCCCUGGAAUGGUUGACUUGAGUCCCGGAGCAAAUGAGCAGAAAGUCAAUGGAACUAUGUGGAAUGGGAUGGGUUAUCGCUUCAGAAUCACCGAGAUGCAAUGUUUUGUGCCACUGGGAUGAUGAGCAUAUUAAAACAUUUUUUCAAAUGCAAAAUUCAAUAUCGAUUGAAGCUAAAAAUUCGAAUAAACUAAUUUUAACACACUACAUUGUAGUU